AUGUACGACGAUGAUUACGAUCGCAAUGAUCCGAGGCGUCUCAGCUAUAUAACCUCACCGUUAGGCGAGUCAAUAACAACGAUUCCGCGAGCCGCCGAGUCCGCCGCCCCCUCCACCCUAUCACCUACACCUACACCUACACCUACCCAGAAACAAACCCAGAAACAAAAGCAGAACUCGCCGGUCGAGGGACAGCCCAAGACAAAAAAUGGUCAUUUACGCCCAACUCUCUCCCCUCAUCGGUCAUUUGACCGUGACAGUGAACCCGGCUCCCCAGACUCCACACGAUCAGUCUCGGAAACCGCGACCUCUUCCUUCCCUUUGAACGAUAUCGAUUAUGAGUCGGACCCGGCCGCCGUCGUCCAAGAGCUGAACAACCUGGCCGCCAUUCGCCGUAUGUCCAUGGAUGUCGCAGCAACUGGUGACCCCGAUCUUCCAUCCUAUGGCGGCAACCUCUCCGUUCCAUCCUUACCUCCCUCCCCCACCGCCGAUGAAAAUGAUGCCUCAAGAUUAUUUUGGGUCCCAGCCAGCCUACACCCCGAGCUGGCCCCGAAGGAGUUCAAGACAUUUUUGGAAAGCAAGGCCGAUAUAAUCAAGCGGAAAUCCGGCGAUUUUUCGUCUCUUGGUCCUGAGCGUCAGGGCUCGGGCAGCGGGCUUCGUCGCAAACGGUCUAUGCUGUCUCGACAAAUUGACAGCUCUUCGGGUUAUACGGAUGGUGCGGAUCGGUUAGAGCGGCAGCGAUCGCAAUCAAGUCGGCGCGAUGGCAUGCUCAGUCCCAAUCUGCAGGAGCUGGAAACCAUAGUGGAUGAUUCGAAAUCUACCUCCCCCGCCGAGCUCGUGCGAGAGAUGCAAAAUGCGAGCAUCGCAGCCCACGAAGAUAAACCGAUUCUACCCUCAGCACCUCCAGGGCACAGCCUACGACGAUCGACCCGGACACAAUACAGGAAGGGCAGCUUGAAGAAGGGCGAGAAGCCCCCUUACUCUAAACGAGUGGGGAGAGGUCUGUCCGAAUCAGCUGGUUCAGCUCCUCCGACUAUAGCUCCAUCCGAUGAUCAGCCAAUCCUCGGAUCUACUCGCGUGUCCACGGACUCGGUUUCCUCAACAUCCUCUCGGCCAACGCGUGGGCACUCGACCUCCUCUCGCAGCACAACCUACUCUGCCAAUGCCAUUGGCACAGCAUUCGAUUCUAUUCUUGAUAAUCCGGAAGCUGAGCAAGAGGAGGCAAAGGCUGCUAGCACCCAGCCACAGACUGACUCUAUCAACCAGUCGAAUGCAGCUUCAUAUGCCCGAGAAUGGCAUUCUCGCAUCGACUCGAAUGGCCGAUCUAAUACGAAUACUCCUCAGAAACAGCAAGCCGUUCCUGCGAUUGUCGAGACACCUCCUGCCGACUCCCACCGUGAACAGUCUAGUCCCAGUCCGCCGGCUUCGCGAUCAGCCGAACGCAAUGCACCAUCGCAAUACUCGGUCCAGACGUCCCCGGUUCAAGAUUCUACCCCCAGCAAGCGUACCGCGAUGAGCCGUCAACCCGGCAAAGACACUACCACCACCACGCUUGACGACUUUAGCAAUAAUCCCCAGAUGAUACCCGGCAACAACACGCGGACGGACAGUCUCUCGUUCAUUCCGACCAUGCCCGAGGAGCAACGGAAAUCCGAAGACCGUAAAUCCGAUGGCAAGAAGUCCAAGAAGGAGUCUGAGGGGCGAAAGUCAAGCUGGCAUUGGUUGCUGGGCAGUGAAGAGAAAGAUAAAAAGAAGGAUAAAGAUGGAGACUCGAAGAAGUCGAGGUCGAGGUUCUCCGACAAGAUAACACACAAUAAUUCUCGCAUCGAAACACCCCCGCAAUCAUCAAUGGACAAUAGCCCGAAGGGCAGAGAAAGUCUCAUCCUUGAUCGCCUCGACCCGAAGUUGGAGGAAGAGCGACGAAAGGAUGGUGUUCGGAGGGCUUCGGGGGAGUCCAAGAAAGAGAAAGACGGUAUCUUCUCAUCCAUCUUUGGUGGUGGUAGGAAAAAGCAUAGCGGAGACGGCCACCAUCGAAAGAACUCUUCGCGUAAUCUGUCUCCCGACCCCCCAGUGCGGGUGCUGAAGGCAGAUGUCGACUACCCUUGGACUCGAUUCUCCAUUUUGGAGGAGCGAGCUAUUUAUCGCAUGGCGCACAUCAAACUAGCGAAUCCGCGACGCGCACUUCACUCUCAAGUGUUGCUGAGCAAUUUCAUGUACUCGUAUCUGGAAAAAGUGCAGCAAAUGCAUCCCCACAUGAUGGUGGCAUCUUCUGGAUCUCAGAGGUCUUCUCAACAAAGAGACCAGCCUGAUGAGUACACUCAAUAUCAGCGAUACCAAGAGGCGCAGGAGCAACAACAAUACGCGGAUAGCGCAUAUGAUGAUCAAUCCAUGUAUGACUACGACGACGAUCCGCAUGAUCCGUACCAGUCCCAGGGGAGGAAUGGUAAACAUGGCUACGAAAACGGCCAUGCUUACGAUUCGGGGCAUUACCAGUACGGGCACUCGUCCUAUGGGCAUGGCCAUGAUGCCCAUUUGGAUGACGACGAUGACGAUGAUAUGUGGUGA